UGCCCCAUCGUUGGUGUCAGUGGAAGGAAUAGUGCCCCAUCAUUGGUGUCAGUGGGAGGAAUAGUGCCCCAUCAUUGGUGUCAGUGGAGGAAUAGUGCCCCAUCGUUGGUGUCAGUGGAAGGAAUAGUGCCCCAUCGUUGGUGUCAGUGGGGAGGAAUAGUGCCCCAUCAUUGGUGUCAGUGGAAGGAAUAGUGCCCCAUCGUUGGUGUCAGUGGAAGGAAUAGUGCCCCAUCGUUGGUGUCAGUGUCAGUGGGAGGAAUUGUGCCCCAUCA